CAUGCUUUGGAAUGUACGCGCCAUGCUCACUGCCUGAGGGAAUAGCUGGGAGGGGCUCUUUGGAGCAGCCUCUCAGGAAAAGGCAAAACAUAUUUGCUUUACACAGUUCCCAUCUCACGCAGUUCUCACAAUAGGAGUCGGUGCUCUUGUGAACGCCCCAGCACACCAUGCUGAAAUUCAAAAGGCACCUGAUCACGAAAUUGAAACUGACACACAGUCACCUAGGACGACUCUGGAUUUCCCUCACCCUCGUCACCAUCCUGUGUGUUACUCUUCAAAUUGUGGGGAAUCUGCAACCUACCCGCAACUGCAGGUGUGACCAGAAACUCAAGCAACUUGUCCUCCAGCAAACCACUGGCCAUGAGAACUUGUUCCAGCAGGAGAAGGGGACAAGCUCUGGCCACCAAUUUCCUGAACCUUUGGAAAGUGGCAUCCCACAAAACAGGCAGAAAAAAGUCAUGGCCAAGCCCAGGUCUGCUGAAAACAUUCUGCACAUCACAGAACUGGUCCAGACGUUCAGCCAGACCCAGGCCAGCACCUUGGACAGCCAAGAUGGGGUCUGGAAGAAUAGUCAUGGAGAAGACAGCGAGGAUGUGUGGAUCCUUCACACAACCAAGAGACUGAAAUCCCAGCCCCAGGUAUCUGAAAGGGCACUCAAAAGGGAUCAUAUGGAUAGAACUGUGACCCCACCUCCGAGCAGGAAGCCCAUGACUAAGGCCGCAGAUCCCUUCAACAAGAAGCCAGAAUCUACAGCAGAGAUAAUUGCCAAGGAGCAAACUUCAAGGUCACCAUUUGGGAAGGUUGCAGGGUCAUUCCAGAGCCAGGCAGAAGCCACAGGCUCCCCCAGCCACAGGAGGGGCAGCUCUUCCACACCUGCUACAACAGCUGCCCCAGAUUGGGUCACAAAGGCAGAGAAGCGAAAUGAGGCGGCAUCAUGGAGCACGGACAGAGAGUCGCUUCAGAGCAAAACCACAAUUCCCAGGGCUGGAGGAGCAGGAGAUGCACUUGCCCACAGCCUGCCAGCUAUAUCCAACUCUUCUCACACAGCAGCCUGCAAGCCCAAGACCCAUGUGGUGUUCCUGAAGGUGCACAAGAGCGCCAGCAGCACCGUCAUGAACAUCCUGUUCCGCUUUGGUGAGACGCACAACCUCAACUUCGCCCUUCCCGUCAACGGUGCCAGCCAGCUGGGCUACCCAUACUACUUCCUGGCAGAGUCUGUGGAGGGAUUCACCACAGGCAAUACUUCAGAGUUUAACAUCAUGUGCCACCACAUGAGGUUCCAGCAGGUACAGGUGCAGAGAGUGAUGCCAAGCUCCACCUUCUACUUCUCCAUCCUGCGGAACCCCAUCCACCUCAUGGAGUCUUCAUUCACCUACUACAAAGGCAGCUCCCCCUUCUCCCAUGCCCAGAGCCUGGAGGAGUUUCUCAGCCAGCCAGCCAGGUUUUAUAACGCUUCAGCCCCCGACAGCCACUAUGCCAAGAACCUCAUGGCUUUCGACUUCGGCUUCAACCACAACGGCAAUUUCUCUGCCAAGCACAUGCAGCUGAUGCUGCGGUACAUCGAGGAGGCCUUCGACCUUCUCCUCCUCUCCGAGUACUUCGACGAGUCCAUGGUGCUGCUGAAGGAAGCACUGUGCUGGGACCUGGACAGCAUUGUGUCCUUCCCACUCAACAGCAGGGAGAGAAGCACCAGGUCACCCCUUUCAGAGAGCACGGCAGAGAAGAUAAAGAGUUGGAACAGGCUUGACUGGGCAAUCUACAGACACUUCAACAGGACCUUCUGGCAGAGGAUUGACUGGAGCAUGGGCCAGGAGCGCAUGCAGCAGGAAGUGAGGGUUCUGCGGGAAAGGCGGGAGCAACUGGCCAAGACCUGCCUUCAAGGGGGGGGCAGUGUAGGCCCCCACAAGCUCAGGGACAAGUCACUGGCACCGCUGCAGUAUGGCAAGGCCACAAUUCAAGGCUAUAAUCUGAAGCCAGGGCUGGACGAGGUGAUGGGGCAGCUGUGUCGACGCAUGGUGACACCUGAGCUGCAGUACAGCAGAUUCCUGUACAGGAGACAGUUCCCUGAGAAGGCCCAGCGGAUCUACAAACCAGCUCAUCCACCCAGGAUACACAACAGGACAAUGGGCUGAGAAAGUAAAAGCACAACGGCCUGCCCCAAACAUGUGCCCCUGCUCCCGGUCUCCCCCUGAAACCCCCGUUGGUGGGCAGAACAUAAUGCAAUUCAGCCAGCAGAACCUCAUGGAGCCACACCAGAGAGGGUCUCUAUCUCCAUCCAUAUCUGUAUUGCUGGUGAGGCAGGGGAGAAAGUAAAACCAGGCCCAUCUACAUCAGGCUGAGGUGAAGCUGACAGGUUGCCAACCCGGAUGCAGCUGCUUUGCAGCCUCAGAGCCAUUUCAGUUAAACUGUUCAAAUUCUAGUAGGUAAAAAAAGUGUAGAUCUGGAGCAGACGUUAUAUUCUGUGGAGUUUGGGGUCACACAGAGCAGCAAGGCCUCAGGAGAGAGCAAGAUAACAGAUCUUUGGCUCUGGAGCACACUCUGUGUAUUAAUUAUUUGUAUUGUCGUAGCUCCUAGGAACCCCAGCCAGGGACCAGGGCCACCACUGUGCUGGGUGCUGUACAAACUCUGAACAAAAAAGCAUCAGAUGAGACAACUGGUGGACACUGUGACUGGUUGGACCCCCUUCUGGGGUGCCAUCUGAUGUACUGAGAUUUCACUGAGCCUUUCUUGCUCAACCAGCCAGGGUUCCCUCUCCUAGCUUUGCUAAAUUAGGCUCUCUGGCCUUCUGCAGGUAGGGAGACACCCCACUGCAGUCACAGACUGAAGUCAGCUCUGUAUGAGAGGACUCCCCCAGCACUCACAUGCACACUCCUUUUGGGAGAUAAACCCAAAAUAAUACUGUCUUGCACUGUAUAGAAAAAUCUGCGCAGCGCAAGCUCAUAAAAAUCCGCAAUGUGAAGAGAGAUGUGCAUGACUUCUUGCUGCUCCCCCAGUGAGAAGACUGUUCCAGCUGAUGGCUGCAAGCCUGUCACAGACAUAUCAGGAAUAGAUCCUGCUCUAGGGAGCAUAGAGGUUUGUGUCUCGGAGGGAAUCCCAGAGAAGGGUGUUGGAACCUUAGAAUCCACAGAGGAGAUGGGUGAGGGUUCCAUUGGGGAAGCUGAGAGGGAGAUGUAUUCCUGGUUUUCUUUUUGUAACUUUAAAGUUUUGCCCAGAGGGAAAUCCUCUGCGUUUUGAAUCUGACUGCCCUGUGAGAUUAUCUUCCAUUCUAAUUUUACAGAGGUGCUUCUUUUAACUUUUUUCUUUCUAAUAAAGUUCUGUUUUUUUUAAAUCUGAUUGGGUUUUUUUAGUAGUCUAAAAAAACCCAAGGCUGGUUUGUGCUCAUCUUGUUUAUUCUCAAGCCUCCACAGGAAAGGAGGUGUAGGGUUGGGGGAAUCUUAGGGGAAAGUAGGAACUCCAAGUGGUCCUUUCCCUGAGUUUUGUCUAAUCACUUGGUGGUGGCAGCGUUACCUAAUCCAAGGUACAAGGUAGAAUUUGUGCCUUGGGGAGUUUUUAACUUAAGCUGGUAGAAAUAAGCUUAGGGGGUCUUUCAUGCGGGUCCCCCCGUCUGUACCCUAGAAUUCAAAGUGGGGAGGGAACCCUGACAUCCCUUAUCUAGGACACUGGGUUGGGAGGGGGUGAAUAUCCCCCGACUCUCUCGAGGUGGAGCCAUUGUCAAGUGGCCUGUGCCCCAAACUAAAAGGCACGUCCAAUCCUUCAUAGGCUUGGCAAACUAUUACAGGAGGUUUGUGUGUGUGGGUGUUUAGCAACAUUGUAUCCCCAAUCACGGACUUGUGUAAAAAGCACCAACCUACUAAGGUUAUUUGGUCAGAGGCUUGCCAGAAGGGUUUUGAUAACGAAAAAGGUGCUCUGGUCUGCAGAGCCUGUGCUGACUAUCCCUGACUUUAAUAAGACUUUUGAAUUGUGUCCUGAUGCAUCUGACACUGGAUUGGGUGCUGUACUGAUGCAAACAGGGGAGGACAACAAGAAGCACCCUAUUGCCUUCCUAAGCAAAAUGCUGUCCCUUACUGAACAGAAUUACUCUGUCAUAGAGAAGGAGUGCUAUGCCAUAGUGUGGGCUGUUAAACAAAUGAGGCUUUACCUCUUUAAUAGGAGGUUCAAGAUUGUAAUGGACUAUUCACUCUUAAUAUGGCUGAACAGAACCAAGGGCAAAAACUCCAAAUUGCUAUGCUGGAGCCUAGUCCUGCAGGAAUUUGACAUGGAGAUUGUGCACAUUAAAGGGAAGGAGACUAUGGUAGCAGAUUCCCUGUCUAGAAAAGAGGAAGCUGGGCACACUGCCUCCGCAUUGGUCUGUGACCAAUCCUCUGGCAGUAAUCUAAGGGGACAGGUGUGACAUUAAACCCCAUAUUCUUCAUGGAAAUAUGGUUAUAAUAUGAAUAUGGUACAACUAAGAUAUACUUUAUGCAAAAUGGCUCAUGUAAGGUAUCAGUCUUCUCACUGACAGGUAAUACACUCAUCCCACCACCACCACCCCCCUUGAGGGGCCUACACAAUACUCCUCUAUGCUGCAAGUUAGCACACCAACCUUUCUGGCCUUGUGGAAAAAAUUGUUCCCCCCCCAACAUGUCCACUGGGAUGUCCUCUAGCAUCCCCACAAGUCAAUUGCCUUCCAAACCUUUCCACUCCACACAAACCUUCGCAAGUGGUACUGGGAACCUUUCCGGCCCCACCCCCUUAAUCCUGGCCAGGUGACCCAGUAAAAUACUAGCCUCUGGAACCACACUUGGUCAAACCACAGAGUGCUGGGCCCCCAUGUCUCUCCAGCCCAGACACUCUGUGCCAUCAAUUUUGACAACCUUAAUGUGUUCCUUGUCUGGUUCACCAGGCCCAGUGUCCACCAAGCAGGUGUGAUAAGUUAUGGGGGUACCCUCCACUGCCUCAGGGCUGAGGACAACUGAGCCAACAUAGGACAGGGGAAUACUUCAGGUGUUCUGUAGAAUUAUAGUGGAAGCACCUUCUAAGGUCUUCUGUUUUUAGGGCGGUUUGGGAUGGGUAUGGGAGGUAGGAAUCUGGGAGGGUGAGUGCCCCACCUCCUGGCCACCCUUCCUCUUCCCAGGGUAAAGAGGUGACCUGGCUUCCCACCAAACUUAAGCCUCUCUGCCUGGGACUUAUUCCUAACAGGCGCUUAGGAUUGUUCAUACUUAUCUGCAAAAGCUGCAAGUUCAUCAACCGUUUCUACCUUUUUAUCCCAUAAACACGGUUUUACAUCAUCACUAGACAUAGUCAGGAACUGUUCCUGAGCAACCAAAUCACACAUUCCUUCAAAGUUUGUUACACCAAGCUUAAGCCACAAGAUUGGAAUCCCAGUGUUGACUGGUCAACCCUGAAUAUGAUAUUGGACAUUGGACUAUAACCUAUGAACUAAAUUCUAAAACUCUUUGCAACUAUAAAGCUCAUCAUCUCUCCUAUAUAUCUCAACCUCAAGAAUUGAACUCAUGUCUGUAUGUAUAUUG